ACAACAGAGCCUGAGCCAGUUGAUGAUAACUUGUACUUGGGUACAGCCUUACUUGUAGUGGUGGUUAUUACAGGAUUUUUUUCAUACUUUCAAGAGCACAAAUCGUCUGCAAUUAUGGACUCCUUCAAAAAUCUUGUACCGCAAUUUGCAACAGUAAUACGGGAAGGAGAGAUAAAUACUGUAGCCGCUGAAGAUCUCGUAGUCGGUGAUAUUGUAGAAGUCAAAUUUGGAGACCGUGUACCAGCUGAUAUUCGUAUUUUAGACGCCCAUAGCUUAAAGGUCGACAACUCAUCAUUAACCGGUGAAUCAGAACCUCAAAUAAGAACACCGGAGUUUUCUCAUGAGAAUCCCUUGGAAACAAAAAACUUGGCAUUUUUUUCUACAAACGUGCUUGAAGGUAAUUGUCGUGGCGUUGUAAUUGCAACUGGGGACAGAACAGUAAUGGGACGAAUCGCUAAUCUUACUGCAGGAUUGGAUCAAGUACAAUCACCAAUAUCUAAAGAGAUAGAACAUUUUAUACGCAUAAUUACAGUAUUUGCGGUUGUUUUGGGCUGCACAUUUUUUACAAUUGCUAUGAUUCUUGAAUAUGCUUUUCUUGAUGCAGCAAUAUUUCUCAUUGGAAUUAUUGUAGCUAACGUACCCGAAGGACUACUGGCGACCGUAACUGUAUGCUUAACGCUUACAGCAAAGCGAAUGGCUCAUAGAAAUUGCCUUGUGAAAAACUUAGAAGCUGUCGAAACACUUGGUUCAACGUCGACAAUU